UUGUCGAUAGCGUCCACCACUUUCUGGUAGAUGUCCAAGAGCUCCUUCUCUCGCGGCGUGUUCUCCCGCCUUCUCUGCGCUUUGAGUGCUCGCUCUCGCGUUCGCUCUCGCGCUCGCUCUCGCGCUUCUCGCUCUCGCGCUCGUUGUUCCGGUGUCUUCUUCCUCUCCUCGCGCCUUCUGUGCUUCAAUCGUUUUUUGUUCAACCCCGCAAACCUCCCCUUGGCUCCAUCCCCCGACGCCACCCGUGUUCCUCGCCCAGGCCCACUGCAUCGGCCGCGUGCCCCGUCUCGUGCGCGGGCGGGGUCGGCGUACAGCCCGUCGAAAAGGUUCGUCCUCGAACUUUUUCGGACGGUCUCACCAUUUGUACCGCUAGAGGCUGCUUGCCCGGCUCCUCCCACAGCUGCUGUUUCGCCGGUGUCUCCCACAGCUUCUGCUUCGCCGGUGUCCUGAGGCUGAACAUCAUCAUCAGCCUUGUCGCCGCUCUCUCCGUCAAGUUCGCCGGGGCCGCGAGAGCGGUCGCGGCUUGCGUCUAGUGCGUCGAGAAAACUGUCCUCGCCGCUGGAAUAAAGAAGCUCUGCAGCUCUAGCCUGGUCAUCCUCACCAAACCAAUCUUCCAGCGGAACACCAACACCCGAGCAUACCAGCAUAUUGGUCUCGCUCUCGCUGCUGUCGCCACGGCUGGUGCGGUCAUGUUCUUCUUGCGGGCUGCAGAUCUUCUCGGCAUCAUGAUCACUGCUGUCCGCACCAACAUCUCCCACCUCAAC